GGACAUUGCUAUCUGAACACACUGUGGGAAGCGAGGCUUGAGGAACCAUAUAACUCUAUGAAGAUGUCAGUAUUUCACUUGUGAUAAAAAUAUACGUUUUAAUGAUGGUGUCUUGAUUUUUGCAUUACUAGCUUCUCACCAUUCAUUCUGGGAUGUGAUGAGAAAAGAAGGAAAUGAGAAAUGGAAAUUCCGGCACUGAAAGGCAAGCUCAGAGCAGACUGAGAGGGAACUAUCUCUACAUCCUGACUAUUGAAGGCUAUGCAGCGCUACCGACAGCAGUCAAUAUAACUUGGUCUUCAAUCAAUUUUAAAACUAUACUACAGUGGCAGCCAAAACCAGCAGGUUACUUCUAUACUGUAGAAAUACACGGACAGACAUCUGACAUUAAAAAAAAAUGCAUACGGACAACAGAAACAGAGUGUGAUGUUACUGAUGCGCUCAAGGAUGUAAAAGAGACCUACGUAGCCCACGUACUGUCUGUAAUGCCUGCGGGGAUGGAUAACUUUGAAGAACCACCUUAUGCACUUUCUGAAAAAUUUACUCCUUAUAGUCAGACUGUUAUCGGAAAACCAGAGAUAAAGAAUUAUACACAAAAAGGUUCGGAACUGAAUGUUGUGAUCAAAGAUCCACUUACACCAUAUACGUUUCCUAAUGGAAGCUUUCAAAGUAUUCGAGAUAUUUUCCAGCAUGACCUGGAAUACAAACUCUACUACUGGAAAGAUCAAAGUUCUGGAAAGAAAGAUGCAACAACAAAAAGCCAUACAUUUGAAGUAAGUGUUGAGAGCACAAAGAACUAUUGCUUCUAUGUCCAGGGAUUCAUUCCGUCCCGCAGAGAAGACCGUAACGGUCAAACCAGCGUGAUGCACUGCACCACUGCAGAAAGGGGCAUCUUCGACGAAUAUGGAGCAGAAGUCUUUAUCAUCAUAGCAGUGAUUGCAAUUGCAGUCAUCACUCUUGCCAUUGUCCUACCAGUGAUUCUGUGUAAACGCAAGAAAGUAAGAGCUGCGAGAGAAAAGCAACCACUUAAUGGUGUCUAAGGAAAAAGUAUCGUGGACACUAAUGGCAGCACCAAGGCAAAAAAACCACUACAACAAAAAGCCAUAAAUUGGAUAAUUGGGUGGAGCUUUUUAGGCUCUCUGAAACAGGAAUUUUGAAGCCCAAAUUUUAGUGGCUGGAGGCUGGAGGAGCAUUCUGGUGAUCUGAUACAAUCAUAGAAUUGUAGAAUAUGCUGAGUUGGAAGUGACCCACAAGGAUCAUCAAGUUCAACUCCUGGCCUUGUGUAGGAUACCCCAAGGCACACACAGUGUGCCUGAGAACGUUGUCCAAACACUUCUUCAACUCAGACAGGCUUAGUGCUGUGACCACUUCCUUUGGGAGCCUGUUCCAGUGACCAACCACCUUCUGUGUGAAAAACCACCUCCUAAUAUCCAACCUAAACCUCCCCUGACUUGGCUUCAUGCCAUUUUCUUGAGUUCUGCCACUGGAAACGAGAGUGAAGAGUCAAUGUCUGCCCUCUGCUUCCCCUCAUGAGGGUGCUGAAGACGGCAAAGAGGCCUCCCCUCUGUUUCUUCUUAUCCAGGCUGAGCAGACCUCAGCUGCUCCUCAUAUGGCUUCCCCUCAAGACCCUUCACCAUCGCCCUCCUUUGGAUGCUCUCUAACACCUU